AAGUUGUUUUUUUGCAGAGAGGAGCUUUGCAGAGAUUCACAGGGGGACCUCUCUCUUGUUUUCUUUCUCUGUCUUGUUAUUUUAACAUGGCGCUUAUUUAAAACAAGAGCCGUUUCUUAUUCUUGAACCAAACAUAGGAUUUUAACCCCAACGCAGUUUAAUUAUGCCACUUCUUUACAGAAUAAACUGCUUUAUGGCACAUUUUCACCCGAAAAUCCUCGUUUUUUUGUCAGCCACGGUGAUUUUAUCCCAGGUCUGACCCAGUUUUAGUAUUUUUUUGUGCUCUGAAGCCUCCAAUGUGUUAGUGCGAGCCGUGAGUGGAGAUGUUUUCGGCAGGAGAGGAGGUUAAUUCCCGUUUGUUUACCCCACUGAAGGAGUCUCAUGGAGCUGCAAUCUCCCCAACACUGGAGCUCAGUCUAACUACCAUCUACACCGUCCUCUACUCUUUCCUGUUUGUUUUCGUCUACCUGCAGCUCUGGCUCAUUUUGCACUACGGACACAAGCGCUUCAGCUACCAGAGUGUGUUUUUGUUUCUGUGUUUGCUGUGGGCAGCGCUGAGGACGACCCUCUUCUCUUUCUACUUUAAAAAUGUGGUGCAGGCCAACCAGCUGCAGCCUCUGGCCUACUGGCUGCUCUACUGCUGCCCUGUUUGCCUGCAGUUCUUCACACUAUGCCUGCUGAACCUCUACUUCACCCAGGUGAUGUUUAAGGCGAAAGCGAAGUAUUCCCCAGAGCUCACCAAAUACAAGGUUCCUCUGCGUUUGUUCUUCCUCUGUCUCAGUAUAUUCUUCCUGGUAGUGAAUUUAACAUGUGCAUUGUUAGUGCAAGGAGCUCUGGAGCGCUCUGAGUCACCAAGUGAUGGGGGUGUCAGACAUGCAGUCCUGGCCCGGGUCUUGAUCAACGACAGUCUCUUUGUCCUGUGUGCUGUGUCUCUGGCUGUGUGCAUCUUCAAGAUAGCCAAAAUGUCCUCUGCCAAUGUUUACCUUGAAUCAAAGGGUACAUCAGUGUGCCAAGCGACUGCCAUUGGAGCCGUGGUGAUUCUGCUCUACACAUCCAGAGCCUGUUACAACCUGGUGGUGGUGGCAAUGUCGCCACAAGACAGGCCGAGUCCCUUCAACUAUGGCUGGUACAGCGUUUCAGAUCAGGCUGACGUGCAGGAGAUCAGCGGGGAAGCCUACAUCAUAUUUGGAAUUAUUCUGUUCUUUUGGGAGCUGCUGCCUACUAGCUUAGUUGUGGUUUUCUUCAGAGUGCAAAGACCCAACCAAAACCUGGCUCCAGGAGGGAUGAUCAACAGCCAUAGUUUCAGCUCCAGAGCUUAUUUUUUUGACAAUCCUCGACGGUAUGAUAGCGAUGAUGACUUGUCCAGGGGGAUCAACAGCAGGAGUGAUCGAGCCAGCCUCCUCUCCACAACUCCCCAGCUGGGAACAUCGAGUUGGUACGGCUCCAUCCAACGUAACGGGACUCUGACCGCAGGCUUAGCGUCUGGCCAGCAGCCUCCCUCUUCCACAGCACCCCUCCUCUUCGCCUACGGGAACAUCCAGACUCACCCGCACCACCAUCACAACUACUACUCCACCCCCCAGAACAACAACUACCACCACCAUCAUCACAGUAACUUCUAUUCCACGCCACAGAAUUACUACUGCGGGUCACAAACGUAUUUCUGCACCCCUCAGAAUUAAGCGGGAUCCACUGUAGGAAUGAAGAAGACUGAGGAAUAACAAUUUCCUGACACGUCACAGCAGGUAUUUAUGACUAGGAUGUUGUUUGGGACCAAGAAAUGUGUCCAAUAACUGAAGAAAUAUGGUGGUGUUGUUUUUAUGCUGGGGUUAUGGACCAGAAUUAAAGCAAGCACAGGCUAAGGACAAGGGUUAGCACUGACAGCUAAUACGGCUAAAAGAGCAGCGACCAAACUUUGUCCCGUUCAGCUCAGAUUUCUUCCAGUCAUUUCUCCAAUUGGAAUAAUGCCCAGAUAAUCACUGCUCUUCCCAUCAUUCCUUAUAAAUUCAAUGAAAUUAAGCUUCUACAGUACUGUUUAUAGACUAGCUGAGUAGUGGCUAAGCUAACAUGGCUAAUGCUAUCCUGAAAGGUUAUCAAAGGCAUAUAUUAACUCACUUAGUGACUUUUUUGGUUUGAAACUUGUUUUAAAGGGUACGAUUAUGUUAGUCAAUCUAAUUAGCAUAAAAAAUAAGCUAGAGAGGAGUGUUGAAUCUUAGGCUGCUAGCUAAUGAAAACUUCUAAGAUAAAAACCAAAAGAUAUAAUUUAAUGGUCAAUGAAUGUUAUGGCAAAAUGAUUUUUUAACUGAAAUGAGAAAUCUAAAAUGUACAAAAAUUGGGAUUCAAAACAUGGAAAACAAAAAAACACCUUUUUUAAAAAUCAUAUUUCAUGGCUCGUAUUUUGGUUCCCGUUUUCCAUGUGUUGUUUUCUUAUUUCUAGACUGUACUGUGGAAACAGCUUGUCUCUUGAUUUUGUAUUUCUCAUUUCGAAUAAAAAAAAUCUUGGCUGCGAAGUACACAGGCCAUUUAGGUCAGAUUCAUUUCUGGCAGUUUUACUUUCUGUUUGAAACAAGCCUCAGAAAUCCAGAUAAACCCUUGUAUUUGUGUUUUUUGUUUUGUUUUGUUUUGUUUUUUUCCUGUCUUUUUUUUUGACAGAAGACUGGAAAAAAACAGAGCAAUUACAUUUUUUCACUACUGGAAAAAAAUGAAAAACGAAACAAAAAACCUAACCCCAAAAACGAGCCAUUCUUGCUUUUUUUUUUGUUUCAGUCACAAAAUUGGAAAAUACAAAUUUUAAAAUUGGGUCCAAUUUUUGUUUUUUCUCAAUUCCAUUUUGUUGUCUUCUAUUUUUAAUUAAGUACUUUAGGAAAAAGAAAACAUGACCAACUUGGAAAGGUGAGCAUUUCAAAAUAAAAGCCAUAUCAAAAUUAAACCCUACGUAUCUAUCCACUACAUUUUACCAUAUAAUUAUAGGCCUAAUUUCUCUAUACAGUGUGUUGAAAAAAUAACAUAAAGAGCAAAAAUAAUUUUGAUUUAACAAACUAGAUAAAUAUUUGGAGGUAAAUAAAUAAAUCUCAGUAAAUAAGCCUGGACUCCAUGAGGUAUUUAUCUAUGUACCCAGCACAAGUCAGAUUUUCGAAUCAUGAUUGUAUUGUUUGGUGGAAAGGUUUAUUUAUUAUCAUGUAUUCUAAAUAAAUAAAGAAGUAAAUAACUGUGUUUUAUUACAUGUAUUUUAAAACAUUGUUUAGAGAAAAAAGGCAUAUUAUUAUACUGUAAAACACAGUGGAUCUGUAGGCUUUUAAUUUGACAUGAGGGCUUUUAUUUUGAAAUGUUCACCUUCCUCAGUGAGUCAGUCCUCUUGUUAAAACAAGAGAACAAAAACAGAAUUGCCUCAAACCAAAACUGAUCAGUUUGUGGAAUUUUUUCCAAAGUUUUCCAAUUUUGUGACUGAAACUAAAGUACAUUGAAAAUUGUUGUUUUUUUUUUCAGUUUUUUCAAUUUUUUUUCAAGACAUAAAAAAACAUCACAAAUGGAACUGGUAAAAAAUAAACUGACCUGUUUACAAGGGACAUUUAACUGUUGGAGACUUUCUGACAGGAGUUAGCUGGGGCUAAUUUACCAUUUGCUGGUGCAACAGGGAGAGCUAGCUUACAGCCAUGCUAACAGCUAGCUUAAACGCAAUUCCUCAAACCAAGGACGUUUUCACUGAAAAAAGGAAACAAAAAAAGAGUUUUAAAUGUAAAGCAAUCACAAACUAGCUAUCAAGUUUAUAUUUCUGAAGCAGUGCUUGUUUAUUUUCAGAAAUUAAAGUUCCACAGACACUGCUAGGAAGCUAGCUUUAGACGUUAGCUUGCUUAGUCUAACCCACUUUACCGGAGUCUUGAGUACUUUGUCAUGUAAAAUAAGCUUUUUCCAAUUUUCAUAACUGUCUGUUAUGAAAAUACUGGUCAGUUUAUGUCAGUGUUCACAAUUAGCCGCCAUAUUAACAGCUUACAAUCGCUAAAAAAAGAAAAAAAAAAAAAAAAAAAGCGAAACCUAAACCUAUAUGUAGCUGCCAUAUUGGUGUUAAAUCCAACUUAGUAAGCUUGGACAUGUGUAAAAUAUGUAACAUCAAACAAAUUUGAAUGACUAGUUAAGGCUUUGGCUAGAUCAUGGCAUUGCUGUUUGAAGAAAUAUCAACAGCAGGCUACCUAACCCACAAUAAUAGGAUGGAGACAGUGUGAGAGCAGAGGCAGGAAUUUCAUACACUGUUAAGUAACGUAUGGGAUUAAAGGACAUAUCAUAGAUUUAUAAAAGAUCAGAGUAACAUACAAUCAUUGAAAUCAGCCUACAGAUUGUGCAUUAAAAAGGGGGAAAUGUAUCGGAAGCCUAUUUUUGACCAAAAAACUUUGAUGUGAUCUGAUCUUUUGUGACCUGUGAGGCAACAAUUUGCACUUGGAAGAUUCAGAGAAAAGGCUUUCAGGCCUGAAUGUAGGACUUCAGCUCCUACUUGUUUUAUGUAUUUUCCUCAAUCAUCGUCUGUAUUCUAUUUUACUAUUUAUCCUUUGAAAAAGGAAACAUCAACGUGCCAUCACAUGUUGUCAUAUCUAAUUGUUUCAUUCCUUAUGGAAACUAUUUUUGCACAAGAAAUGUUGAAAUGUUUUUAAUUGUGUCUUGGAGUUAAUCGAUUCCUAAUCCAUGUGUGUGACGUGACAUUUUGAGUCAGUAUGUGUGAUCCUAGAUUUUUGUUCAGAAGUUUUAAUAUGCUUUUAUACAUGUUUUUAUGUUGAUUUUUUUGUUUAACAGAUUUUUAUAUUUUAUUUUUUAUCAAUUACCUUCUCCUAUAGUACGGAAACCCAUAGAGGAAAUGCAUUCACACAGCUUAUUUCCCCUGUAAUAACUUCACAAGACUGCAAUUUUGGGUGGUGGCAGUAGGUCAAUAGAGGGCGCCAGAGUGCUGCCCUGUUGUCAUCCUGUUAGCUAAAAUUUACUCAUUAUCCCAGGAAAUCAGAGACAAAUAGAACACAUGGAUGCAUGUCCUCUAAAGUUUCCGUACCUAUAGUUUUCAUAAGCUCACAAUCUCAUGACAGACUGCAGUUAUAUUUCACCUUGAUGGAACAUUUUCAUACAUGACCCAGUUUUUAGGCCAAAAUUAAUACUCUGUUUUUCCAAACUGAUGAUAAAUAAACACCCAUGUGUUUUUGUGCACACUUCAGCUCUCAUGAAACUGUAAAUAAAUGACCAUGUUAACUUUGACUUCAUCCAGAAAAACAAAAAAGCAUAGUAUCAAUUUAAAAACUGUAGUGGGAAUUAAAGCUCCUGUGAGGAACUUUUCAUUUGCUGAUUUUGGUGUCCUCUAUGGUCAAAGUCGUAGCUCGCUUUUCUGAUCUUGUCCUGUAGAUGUCCAAGUUUUAGUAAAAAAUCCCUCUAUACUGUGCUUUGUUGGACAGCACUUCAUGUGACACCUACCCUGUUGCAUCCCUUUCAAUUACAUUUGAAAUAACUCUUUGGAAAUAGUCAGUCUUUAUGCUGAUGAUCUUCUUUUCUUUAAUGGGCCAUAAAGAAAAAUAACAAAAAAAUAUCAGCUUGUUUCACAAACAUUUAAAAAUUCCUCCCAGGAGCUUUAAGUUGUCAUUUUUUGGUCCAGAUAUUUACCUAUUUCAGAACAUCUGUAGAGCAUGCUUCUGCAUCAAGAACUGUCACAUUCUCCUUCCAGGGUGAUAUUAUUUAUGUAAAACUGAUACUUGCUCUAUCUGUGAUCAAAGCAGACUUAAUUGUGUUAUGUUAUGGAUUGUUUUAUUGUGGCCAUACUGAAUGUAACCUAUUGUGCGACCGUUCACUAACGAUGUAUGCAAGAAAAAGCACUACCAUGUUUAAAUAAAGGCCUA